CAUGUCGCAGCAGAUCUCUUGUCUGCACAACGCCGUCCCCACAUGCGGGCCCGAGCAGAAGGCGCUCAUACAGAGCAUGCUGAACAUCUUCAUACAGCCCGACUACCAGAGGACAUGCUCCAGGAUUCCGCCAAUGAAUAUGACGCAUCACGUCACCCCAGCUGUGCCCAGUGUCCCUGGAGGCCCCACUAUGAUUCCCACCAUGAUGCCCACCAGUCCCAUCAAUAGCCAGUUGCUGCUCGUGUGCACGCAGAAGAUCAAGCAGUGCCAGAGUAACUUCAACAAAACCUUCACGGGAAACAUGGCUGCCUUCAAUAUCUCAGGACUCUACAACGGCAUGACAGCUCACCAGUGUGUGGAACAGUUUCAAGACUGCUACGUGCCAUUUAACAUGACCUUCUUUCCUGCUCUCCACACGGCAAACCUGUCACUAUUGUGCACGUAA